AUGAGCGGAGUUGGGAAUAUACCCGCCUGGGAUCCGGUUCUCAUCCUCCAGGGAGAGUCGAACUAUGCCCCUUGGCUUCAGUCCCUCAUCCGAUACCUGGGUCGCGAGUACUGGCACAUCCUCCUGGGAGCAGACCGCACUCCCUCUCAGUCGGACAACGGCGAGUACUUCGUGGACACAGCGCAAGCAGGACCAAGUCAGGAUAUUCGCUCUCGUACCAUCUCGCAAGAACCAGAUGCUUUCGAGUCGACGAACGGUUAUCUGGAUCAGCGUGGCGACGGAGAAGAAGACAAGCCGAGCAGGGCACUCUCCUACUUCCGCUCCACACUGAACGAUGAGGCCCAGAAUCUGAUCCGGAACAUCGACAGUCCCUCCGAGGCAUUCAAAAAGAUCUCGCUGUUCUACGGCAAGCCAAGACACCAGACCAUGGCUUUGCGAUGGUCGGAGUGGGUGAGCCUACGAUACGUGCCAGGAACCUCAGCCACGGAAUUCGUGGACAACUUUCGCAUGCGAGUGCAAGACGUCGAAGACAUCGGUGAUUUUCUCGACCACAAAGUGGUCUUUGCGCAGUUCGUGCAUGCUAUCUCCGCUUACGGUGAAUAUCCCAACUUCCUCCUACAGCUGUCUCCCGAUCUCCAGGAUCCAGACUUGAUGGAAACCGUGUGUGCCGAGUUCAUACGCCACUCCACCUCGUUCCCCUAUGCCGUGCCCCAAGCCGUCAAUCCUCACUUUGCCUACGGAGAAAAUACUACCACGGGACAGACCGACGGAUAUCAGUAUUGCCCUUACCAUAAUCGUAUGGUGAAGCAUGUCCCUGCCCAAUGCCGCCUUGGUCAGAGGAUGAAUACUCGCUCGAGGUACCAGUCUGCCCAUAUGUUUGGAGGCUACAAUCAACAAUACCGCUACAAUCAACAGUACCAAUACAACCAGCCAUAUCAAUACAAUCAGCAAUAUCAACAAUAUCAACAAUAUCAAUACAAUCAACAGGACCACCACAACAAGAGACGCCGCGUGGACUCCUGCGGGACCUCCGGCUGGAUAGUUCCAACUGGUUACUACUUCCAGGGGUCGUAG